GUUACGGGGCGCGUGGCGAAGCGGAGCGGAGCGCCCGUUUCUGGGGCGCGCGGGUGCUGUUGGACUGCCUGCCGUUGGGCGCCGUUUCCCUGUCGGGCGGCGGUGGCGGCGAGGUCGCCACGCCGGGUUGAGCGGCAGGUACGGAAACGGAGACUGUGAUUGCUGCCCCAGCUCUCCAAAGCAGCAACCGCGGCUUUGCUUUCCGAAAGAGGUUCGAGCCGGUGGGCGAAGGAAGGACGUCCCCGGCGCAUGGAAGUUACUGCCUGCUUCUCUCUCUCGAGUAACUCUCGCCUUCCGUGUCCGCCGGCGAGCCUGGAAAUCACAGGCUUUUCCUGGGGUUUUUCAGGCUUUCCUGAGCGGAACUCAGAGCGGCGGUGGAGCUCUCCACUGGAAUUAUGGCUUCUGAGCUCGCUGGUGCGGCAGAAGCAGGAACAAGUGAGUGAGAUGAGACUGAAAUGUGAACAAGUCACCAAGGAAAAUGAACGGCUGUAUGUGGAGUUGAAAGACGCUGUUCAGGACCACCUGGAGUCUCUUCCUUUCAUGCUACCAGGAACUGAUAUUCCUGGAGAUGAACAAACAGUGAGAAACUAUCAAGAACAACUACAAGUGAUGAAACAAAAUGAACUGACUAGCCUUCAACAAUUGAUUGAGAAACUGCAUGCAGCCAAUGAGAAAAUAGAGUUGAGCAAUCGACAGUUGCAGGAAACUGUAACACAACAGAAUGUGGAACUAGAGGAGCUACGAAAACAGCUGAGGCAAGCCAUAACAGAUGUGCAGACAGCAAAUGCUCGGCUUGAUGGAAUGACCAAAUUGACAGAGAAGCUUCAAGGCGAAUUGGAGAGAAGGGAAGAAGAUGUGACAUCUGCCCAGCAAAGAGAAAGAGCAUCUGACAAACGCUUGCGUGAAAUGCAGUCUAGUAUAAUACAAUUAGAAACAAGAUUAUGUGUUGCUCUCGAAGAUGCUGAACAGCUGACAAGAGAAAGAACAGCCCUGGAGAAACAAAUCCAAGAGCUUCAGACAAGGUAUGCUGAUGUAGAAAGGGAGAAGUAUGAUGCUGUUGGAAAAGUCCAAGAUUGCAUACAGCUCUUAGAAGAUGCUAACCUACAAAGAAGUCAGGCACUGAUUGCAGAGAAACAAAAAGAAGAGGAUAUUAAAAAAAUGAAAGAUGAAAUGGCUCAACUUGCGGAAGAUGCUGCUGCAAGAAUUAGAAAGGAAGUAGACAUGGUAAAGAAGCCAUAUAAUGUGCAGAUUUCUCGACUAACAGAAGAACUUUCAGCUCUUCAGAUGGAAUGUGGAGAAAAACAGGGUCAGAUUGAACGAGCCAUUAGAGAAAAGAGAGCAGUAGAAGAAGAGCUUGAAAAGGUUUACAAGCAAGACAGAGGAUAUGAGUCUGACAUGAGAAAACUAGAGCAAAUGCAUCAGAAAUAUUUACUUGCAGAAGCUACCAAAUGUGACCUUCAGCUAACUCUGCAGACAACACAAAAUAAACUGAAACAGCUGGAAAUGAACUAUGAGGAAGAGAAAUCUCGUUCCCAGGAAGUUGUCUCUAGAUUGGAAAGCACUCUGGCUUCAGAAAGAGAAAAGAGUGUCUUCAUCAGUGAAGACAGGCUAAAACUUCAGCAAGAGAAUGAGCAACUGCAAAGAGAAAUGGAUGGCUUGAGAAAACUGGCGUCAGAGGCUCAACGAAAUGCUAAAAUAAAGAUAAGCACAAUGGAGCAUGAGUAUGCUCUGAAAGAAAGUGGAUAUGAAGCUCAACUUAAGGAAAUGGAAGACACCAGUCACAAGUCUACUGCUGAACUUAGACGUCUGUUACUAGCUCAGCAAAAAGCAACAAUUCGGUGGAAAGAAGAAACAAAAAGUCUUACUGAAACUACAGAAGCCAGGAUCACUAAGCUAAAAGGAGAGCUGAGUCAACAAAAACUUCGCAGUCAGGAGCUUUUUUGUCAGCUGGAAAUGGCAAAUGAAAAGGCAACUGAGGAUGAAAAAUUAAUGAUGGAAUAUCGGCAAUGCAUCAGUAGGCUUCAAAGGCAACUAAGCCAGGCCGAACAGAGAGCAGCUACAGCAUCUCAAAAGCUCAGCCUGAUAACGACACAGAAGAAAAAAGCUGCUCUCCUGAGGGAUCUGGAAAAUAUUUGAACACAUGUAAUGUUCAUUCAUACCAUGUUGGGGUUAAGAAGAUUUCUGGAGAAGCUUCAUAUUGGAGCAUUAAAAUUAAAUGCAUAGCUUAGAUAAAAUAUUUUCUGUUUUAUUCAGGUAAGAAGGGGGGUAUCUGUGUGCAUAGUAAAGAUUGUAAGACAAUUGCAAAAUGUUAAUAAAGUUCUUUAAUGUAGAAAAUGAAAAAAUCUGAUACAGUGCUGUGGCAUAUUAAGUCUUUUUGGUCUAAAAAUCAGCAGCUCCAACUGUGACAGGAUUGUGCACAAAGAUCAGAUACCAUUAUAUUGAAAUUCAUGAACAGCUUUGCUCCCAUACAGUCGAUACCUUUAACUUUUCUGUGUAGUGCAGUGACUUGGGAACUUUUAUGAGAUGCACUCAGACACUAAUUACAUCAUGAGUGUCGAAGAGUUGUUGUGUUUAUGGUAGGCGUUACAGUUGUGAAAUGCUUCCAUUGCCUUCUAUUUUUAAGAAUUCAGAUUGGUUUGCUGUAGGAAACAGUUAACAAAGUGCCACUACAGCUGUUCAUACAGCUGGUUCCUAAGGACCGUAAUUUUCUUCAGUUGUGCUGCUUGUUCCUAAUUAGUACUUUAUAAUUGUUUUUUCUGUUGAUCUGCUUUCUUGAUUUGUAUGUCUGGGAUCUCCAGUUCUCUAUUAGUUUAGCUUGCACAAAGCCAGUGAAGUCAUCCAAGCUUUUGCAUUUUGAAAUGGUGUGUUUGAAGUCUAGAGAUGCCAGAUGUGGGCAUCCUCUUGCGUACAUGGUUUUCUUUGAUAGCUAAGCAACUUUAUAUAGAUUACUCUUAACAUUGGAGCUGAACUGUUUUCUCUUUCAGAAUAUAUUAUAAACCUUUGAUAGGUGUAACCGAUUUUGAAGUGCUCCUGUCUUGGACUUAAAGUGAUGUAAUUUCUUGUCCUUCCUUUUAAAUAUGAAGAGUAUAAUUCUGGUUUGCAACUUCUGAUUCAGUUGAUGGAUAAGGCUUAUCCAAUGCUUGAUGAAAAGUGUUGGACUAAAAACACAUCUGUUGCAGUGGAUCUUCACCAUAUUUGCAUUGUAGAGGACAACCUGGGUUGAUCACCACAUGGAAGUAGGAGAUUGUGCCACCUCCCGAAAACCUGGCUGGUCUUGAAGUAGAGCUGGCAACAUGCGUGCAACCUCAAGAAAAAAUUCUGCUUACUGCAGAGGAAGUUCAUUACUAUUUCCUACAGUUGUACACUCCUUUACUAGUGCUUUCUCAGUUUGAUAUAUAUCUGUAUCCUUUGUAAUCUAUUGUUCUGCUAAAAGACUUCAAAGAUUUUUCAAAGCAACAUGGACACAUUGUCCAGAAGCUCCAAACGUCUGUUGUAGUGCAAUUUUCAUCCAUCAACUGUGUCUAUGAUAUACAAGGAGUUAACUAGCACCUUAUUUUCAUUAGCAUAAUGCACAUCUGAGAUUAUGACAGACCACCUGGAAGAUUUUGAGUGAGCUAUUAAUCCCAUUCACUCCUUAAACAGAUGCUCUAGCUGUGAAGUGAAAGCCACCUGAAAAUACCAGGUAACCAUAUGUUUUGGAGCAAUGGUGUUUGUGUAUUUGUUCCUUGAGGCACAGAUGGGCACCUGCUUGGUUCUAAUUAUAGGAAUAUUCAUUUCAACUUGUGGUGUAGUUGUUGUGUAACCGUUAUUUGCCAGAAUGAGUUGUGCUGAUGACACAAGCACCUAAUAGUUAAGGGGCAGCAAAGCAGUUAUGGCAGAUGGAACAGGAAAGAAAAAGAUUUCCCCCUUUCAUCUGUCUAAUCCUCCGAGCAGCUAAAAAUUGAUCAAAUGUAUCUGUCUGAACCAGAAAAGAGAAUGUGGUCAAGUUAAGCUCAUCACCCUAUGACCACCUUCUUCGUUUCUGUUUGGCUUAUAGAGGAGGCUGCUGGCAUGUUCCUCACAAGUUGUAUUUUCAGAGCAAAGGCACUUGUGGAGGCAAAGCUUGCUUGAAGCUUGAAGCUUGCUCGUUAGUUGUGUUUUGCUUUUUCCCUCACGAUAUGAGAUUGUUUCAUGGAAUUCAGCAGCAGGCUUUCAACCAUCUGUUUUGGUGGUUUUACGUUUGUUUCUAUUGAUGUAUAUGUAUUGUCACUCUUGCAUUGAAAAGUUUUUGUUUCCCCUACUUUCCUUUCCCACCCUAACACUAGUUUUUGCUUAUUUAAAAGAUUCCCUAGAGUAAUAUUAAUGCUUCCCAUUGCAUAAAACGUUGUUAUUGACUGUUUAUUUAGGAAAAGAGUUUCCACUCAACAGGUGAGAGAAACUGACUAUGAAGGCAGCAUGACUUUGGUUUUGGGUCUUCCCAAGAGCCCUAUCCUUUCUGCUCUAGGCCACAUCUUGAAAGAUCUAUCACUGCAUACAGGAAGCUUACUCAUAGUCUUUUUAAGUGGUUGGCAAGCUGCCCUCAGCUCUGACCCAGUCUUACUCAGGUAACCUCAGCAGUGCAGUGCCUUUCAGAAAUGCUGCUGUCAGCCAAGAUCUGUAAAGCAGCUGCAAGAAGGUCUUUCAGACUUUCAUUCAUGCCUUGAAGAGUUUGUAGUCUUAGGAGCGCCAUCCUUUCAUCUUCAUUCUUGGAAAUAAAUCUUUGAGGAGUGCCACUCACAAUUGCCCACAAUGUGAAUGCACACAAUACAAGUACAGAUUUUGGAAAACUAUGUACCCAUAGCUGUUUUUCAAGAUGUACUGCUAGACGUAUGCCUUCACCACAUCUUCCUUUUCUUGCUCCGCUCCAAGUCUGUUCUGUGUUUCUGCAUCUCGAGUUCAGAGGAAACAAGAGGAAAGGACCUAUUGUGCCCUCACACCUUGUCUCCUAGAGGUCCUGCUGGAACAGCCAAUGGUCUCUGUCAGCAUCGCUUCACUACAGGCAGGUCACGCUGUGAAUGUACACCCAGCAUACUUAUCUCAAAGAGCUACAGGUAAACCUCAUGUUCCUCUUCCAGUGAACAUGUAUGAAGACUAUUGACUGUGGAAGGGCAUCAUGUAUCAACAAAUGUAAACGACUGGAGGUAUGUAACAUCCCUUUGAGGAUCUCAAGGUAAAAACAUACCCUUUUCUGUUGAUUGCAUUGGCACAGCGGCAAGUAAAAAGACCCCAUCGUAUUCCCUGGAAAAACAAAAACGGAAUCUUGCAACUACAGUGGGCAUUUUGAUACCUGUAAUAAUCCAAAUUAAAUGCUUUCCUUAACCAU